AUGUCCCACUUUAAUCUGCAGGAUGACAUUCAAAAACUCAUAAAGCAGCUGGAAGGCCUACAGAAGGAUCCCAAAGGCAAGGUAGAUCUAUCACAAGUGAAAAGUUUGCAGAACUUAAUAAACACCGACGGGCCUGGAGUAGAGGUUCGAACAAAUGGAGAACAUGGUGCCACAUCUCAUAAACCGUCCACGACGCGUCGUCCAAAAGCCCGUAAGAAGACAACAACUACAACGCCAGAACCAAUCGCUGAAGAGGACGAAGACGAUGAGGAAUUUUCCAACGCUGUUUCAACACCAAGGUCGCAGGUGCGUGGACAUACAGUAGCUCCAUUGGGUUUCAACCCGGUACCGGGGGUUGACGAAGAUGGACCUGGAAGACUGAUACGGAGCAAUUUUGCUCACGGCUGCGGUCAAUGUUACGAGAGCUAUGGCUGGCUUCCUUGGAACUGCGAUACAGGUAAAGAAGACCUUAUUAUACUUACUAUAGUGUACAUGUAUUUACACCCAAGAUAG